UGUACAUGACAUGGGUACAAACUCUUUGGCGGGCGCACCAGAAGUCGGCUGACUUUGCACCGGAUGAGGAUGACAUGACCAUCUUCGCAGCGCAACGGACCAUGGCAUGUAACGAGGUGUGCAAGUUCAUUGCACACACACAGACGCAGAUUAAAGCUUCGCUGGAUGGCGACAACGCCACACAGUUCAUCACACAACUAGCAAGUAAGUUGCAGCACAUGCAGCAGCACA